AUGUCGUCCCCCUCAGAACAAGACCAAGCUGCCCAGCUGCAGGAGCUGAUCCAGCAACUCACCGAAGCCGCCAAAGCCUGUGACUACGCGCCAGGCAGCAAGGGCUACAUUGCCAGAACCAAUGUCGCCGGUAUAGCCAAGGACAUUGUCCGUCUCGUGAUGGCACCGUCGGACAUGUCAAUGCACCACUCGGUCAAUAUGCUGGAGAUUGUCAGUAUUCGAACCUUGAUGGGGCUGGGCGUGUUUGAAAAGAUCCCAGUGGACGGCUCCAUCUCUCUGGCCGAGCUGUCAAAAGUCACUGGCGUCCAGGACUCACUGCUAGAACGACAACUUCGAUUACUCGUCGGCACCAAAUUCCUCGAGCAAACCCCCGACUAUGACUACGUGCACACAAAGUUCUCCCGAGCAUACAUCCAGGUUCCGGGGCCGGGAAACUUUUUCCAGUUCAUCAACGACGAAUGCCUCUCCACCAUGGUCCAUUUCCACAAGUACGUGAAAGAACGAGCCGCCCAGGACGGCAAGCCCGUGCAGGAGCCCGAUGACCCUCUUCGCAACCCAUACACUCACCGCCAUGGCAUGGAUGGACAUCCCGUGUGGGAGAUCAUGGCACAGUUUCCCGACCGGCUCCGCGCGUUUCAACUGGGCUUCAUGUCUCAGGAGGACUCUGUCCCGAUCAUCGGCUUCUACGACUUCUCUGCGCUCUACGACCCGGAGCACGACGGGGACCGGGCCACUCUUGUGGAUGUGGGCGGCGGCCAGGGCCAGUCCAUCAUCCAGAUCCUACAGGCGUUCCCGUCCCUCCGCCCCGACCGCAUGGUUCUCCAAGACCUGCCCGAACCCAUCGCGCAGGGCAAGGACUCGAAGCUCCUCCCCGACGGGGUAACGGCCAUGGUGCACGACUUCUGGACCCCGCAACCCGUAAAGGGAGCCAAGGCAUACUUCCUCCGCCGCGUCAUGCACGACUACUCAGACGCCAACUGCGUCCUGAUCCUCUCCCACCUGCGCGACGCCAUGUCCCCCGACAGCAAAGUCCUCAUCGCCGACAUGGUCAUGCCCCAGCGCGUGUACGAGGCCGACCUGCCCGCGGCCGCCAUGGACAACGUCGUCAUGGUCAUGGGCGGCAAGGAGAGGACCGCCGAGGGGUUCAACAAGCUGCUCGAGGCCGCCGGCUUAAAGAUGGUCAAGAUCUGGCACAGUCGCGAGGGCGGCGCCACGGGCAACAUCGUCGAGGCCAUGUUACCACCGGCGGCGGCGACCUCCUAG